AGGAAUUGUCAAGAUUUAGGCAGCCUCGGCUAUAAACCUGUCUCUGGCUAUAGUUUAUCAAACCUAGCCCCGGCUCUGGACAAAUGCCUUGUUUGCUUACCUUUUGAAAGACUAAGAAAUGUCAGCAACAGAAAAUAAAAAGUAUGAUUUAUGGCUUGGCAGUGACCUUGGCUUGCUGAAAGGAGUUGUACUUUCUAAAGAUUCUUUCGUAAAUUAUGGUGAUAUAAAAACCUUAGAUAAAGCUCAAAGUAUAUCGUGCAUGUCUUGGCAAAAAUUUGAUAAACAAAAUUCUUUACUUGUUGGACUUCAAAAUGGUGUUGUUAAAAUAUUUGAUUGUUCAACUUGUUGUUAUACAUCUACAUUGAAUAGUCAUAAAUCACCAAUUAGAGGUAUUAUUGGUAUGACAGAUGGUUCAAUUGUUUCAUGUGUUGAAAGUGGUAAGUUACAACAUUGGAAAGAUGGAGCUAAUAUUUUUGAAAAAGAUCUUGGUCCAGAUAUUAAAUGUAUGGUACCAAGUAAUACACCUGAAAUAUUUGCUACUGGAGGAAUAGAAAAUGAUGUGAAGGUUUAUCAACUUGAAAAUAUGGAGAAGCCAUUAUUUGUUGCAAAAAAUGUUAGAAAUGAUUUUUUGAAUCUCCGAUCGCCAAUAUGGAUUUCUGCUAUAGAGUUUUUUAAAAAAGACUCCAACAAAUUAGCUGUUGCUUCUGGUCAUCAUACAGUACGCAUAUAUGAUCAACGUGACAAGCGAAGGCCUGUUAUGACAACUGAUUGGCAUGAACACCCUAUUACAGCUAUAGCGUUAAAGCCUAAUAAUGCAUCUUUAAUAGUUGGUAAUAGUGCAGGUUAUAUGGGUGAAUUGGAUUUACGGAGUAAUAAACAAGUUGGUGCUUUUAAAGGAAAUGCUGGUAGCAUUCGUAGUAUUAUUUAUCAUCCAUCGCAACCACUUAUUGCAGCUUGCGGUUUGGAUAGAUUUUUAAAAAUAUAUGAUGCCAAUUCAAGAAAACUUAUUAAAAAGAUAUACACAAAAUCAGCUCUUAACUGCAUGGUUAUGAGUUCAUCACAAAUACAAGUAUCAGCUGCAGUUCUCGGAGAAAAGAGAGAAGCAGAAGAUGAACUGGAUGACGAAGAAGAGGAAAAAAUAUGGAGUUCUAUGGAGCCAGUAAAAUCAACCAAAGAUACUGUAACGAAGGUUACUGGCAGUAAAAAAAAGAAAGCAAAAAAGAAAUAAGUUUAUAUAUAUGUACUAAAAUAUAUAUUUUUUGUAAUUCUUA